AUGGUCGACGACAAAUCUCCGUCCACGGCAAUGGGAAACAGAGACAGAGAUCGAGAGCUUCUCAUCCCUGUCGCGGAUUCCGGCGACGACACCGAUGCCUCCAGACCAUCUUCCUCCUCUACACAUCAUACCGGCCGCGAGACUUUUUACAAAGUUGUUAGGAGCUGGGCAUCAAAAAAGUUCAUGACUGGAUGUGUCAUUCUUCUUCCGAUUGCAAUCACCUUCUACAUAACCUGGUGGUUCAUUCAUUUCGUGGAUGGGUUUUUUUCUCCAAUCUAUGCUCAACUUGGAAUCAACAUCUUUGGUCUUGGAUUCAUAACUUCCAUAACCUUCAUCUUCUUGGUUGGGGUUUUCAUGUCAUCGUGGCUGGGUGCAUCUGUCCUGGGACUUGGGGAGUGGUUUAUCAAGCGAAUGCCUCUUGUUCGUCAUAUCUAUAAUGCCUCUAAGCAGAUUAGUGCUGCUAUAUCACCAGAUCAAAAUUCGCAAGCCUUCAAAGAAGUAGCUAUCAUUCAACAUCCACGUGUUGGUGAAUAUGCAUUUGGAUUUAUCACGUCAUCUGUUGUACUUCAGAGUUAUUCUGGAGAUGAGGAGUUAUGCUGUGUCUAUGUGCCCACAAACCAUCUUUAUAUUGGUGAUAUAUUUCUUGUAAACACCAAGGAUGUUAUCCGGCCAACCUUAUCCGUCCGGGAAGGAAUUGAAAUUGUUGUUUCUGGAGGCAUGUCAAUGCCACAGAUUCUAUCGACGCAUGAUUCACGCCGUCCGGUGGAAAUAAGAAGACCUGAUAGAAGAUGA